AUUGCACGAAACGGGUCACCGGGAAUGUCGCGUUGGUUAAGCAACGGCUUGAGAUUCAAAUCGUUACUCCCCGUAACAUCGACCGCCCGCCGAAGUCUUCUUGUACUGGCCAUGUAUUGUUAAACAGCCACGGAAAUCUCGUGGAACGCUGGGAGCUGCUGAGCAAAGUGUCGCAUCCGUCACACAAUGGCGGUUUUUGAAGUUGAAAUUCGCGAAUACGUUCUACGACCUGCCGAAGGAGAAGUCGGUGCGGCCGCAGGCGGGGGAUUCAGGGGACGGGGGAAUCUAGUGAGGACGCUGGACGUAGCGGCGACGAAAUGAAGCAUGCAGCAUGCGUGGUAGCGGUGUCACGGCUGCGCGGUCUUGCCUUCAACCCCUGGUGUCCGCCAGCCGCUAUCUCGCCGUACACGCCCUCCCCGGUGAUCCUCUCUACUUCGUCGUCGAGGCAAAGUCGAGAGUGAAGGAGGUUUACACGCAGACAUGCAUGCUUCUCAACCAACAGGGCAUGCGAGAUUGCGAACUUUUCGGCCUGGCAAUAUUGUCCGACGGCGAGUACCUUUUCGUGGAUCCCGAGAAUAAGCUGAGCAAGUACGCUCCGAAAAAUUGGCGAAACUCUCAUACAUACGGUUUAGACAGCAGUGGGAGGCCAGCUUUUGUACUCUACUUUCGAGUUCGUUACUACGUCGACACACCGUUACUCUUGAGCGAUGAGACGACGCGGCAUCACUAUUAUCUGCAACUGCGCGACAACGUCGUCAGGCAUGGUGGCGGGGUGGAGAGCCUUCAUCCUCACCAUCCCCUUCACGAACCAUCUAUCGUUACGCCUCUGCUCACGCUCGCUGGGCUCGCCCUUCAAGCCGAUCUUGGCGACUAUUCCGAGGAACGGCACAGACCACACACAGGAUCCGUCGGCUACUGUAAACCCUCGGAUUACCUUCCUCCCCACAUGUGCCACGAGUCGAAUGUGCUCGCCGUGCUCGCGGCGCAGCACAGGGACAACAGUGGGCUCUCCAGGGAGGAGGCAGAGUUGCAGUACAUUCGGGAGGCGGUGUUGCUGGAGGCGCCGCUCAACGCUCACCUGUAUCGGUUGCGCCGAAGCAAGAACGAGGCGGGACCCGGACGUAUACUCCUGGCGAUAUGCGCUCGCGGGGUGCGAGUCUACGCCGAGGAGGAGACACCGCGCAUUUUCGCUUGGAACAAUAUCGGCAAACUCUGCUUCGACCGCAAAAAGUUCGAGAUCCGUGCAGUCGAUCAGCCGGACAAGCUCACCCUCUACAGCGGCUGCGACGACAAGAGCAAACUUCUCUUGGGACUCUGCCGUGACACCCAUCAGUUCUCCAUGGCUAUAGCGCCUAGAGUGAACGAAGCCAAGAGGCGGGAGGAGGAAGAACGGAAAGUCCUCAGGGACUGUUACAUGUACCCCGCUCGGUGCAAGCUGAACUUGACGACGCGCGGUGCGCGCGGUGACCAACGGAUUUCCGUCAUCUCGAGCACGUCCUCGAACACGACGUCCGGUAUAGUGAGCGAUCGAGUGCACAGCGAGGACGAGCCCGACACCGCCCCGGUAUCGACCGAGUGUUUGCCGCGUCUCACCGAGUCGACGCCUUAUUCGACCGGCCAAGGUAGAGUUCUGAACGGCAAUGACACGGACAAUCAUUCUAUGCCAUCUUCUCCUGUUUCCAUCGUCGACGGACAAUUUUCAGAGGUGGAUGGUGCGGACAACACUCCCACGUCGGUCACCUUGCGACUCGCGUCGAGCACCGCAAUGGCCGCCGAGGGCUCGCAGUGCAGCAGCAGCUGCAGCACGGUCGUCGUCGUGAACACACCUGCGGGCGGGCCGAUUCGCCGCGCCUCGGCGACCUCCAGCUUGGAGCUGGGCUAUUCGCACACGGCGCAAAACUCCGCGAUCUCCACGGAAACCGCCAGCUUCCCGGGCGCCAUUUAUGACAGGUGCAAGAAGACCGGCAAGUAUGCAGGUACCGACAUCGCGAGCGAGACCAGCGGCGUGUAUACGCUGAGAAGCAGCGAGAUGCAGGACGAGAGAAUCGGCGACGACCUGUACUCCCCCACGGGCGACACCAACAACUCCUCGGCGGCGAGCGACGUGUGCGCCCUGAGCACGGUUCAGUCCACCACCGACGAGGCGUCCGUCACGUCCGGCUUCUACACCAUCCACAGCGGGCUGCGGUCAGAGAGCAGCGACGUGUACACCGAGGACGUCGAGCCGGAGGAUCAGGAGCCGAUAUACAGCGUGUGCAAAGGUGACGACGAUUCCUUGAACCAACAGCUCGAGGACUCGCGGUCGCGCAGCAACAGCAUACUCAGCGCGGACAGCUUCCGCGGCGACGGCAGCGAUCCGUCCAGCGCGCGGCCGCUGUUGUCGGCCGACGAGCUCUCGGAUCUCAUAGUGGGUAGAUAUCCACCGCGCAAAACCAUCAGCAACUCGAUGGACUCGGACUGUGACUACGUGACCAUGCCGCCGCCGCCGCCGCCCAGAACGGACAGCGAUCGGUUGCCGCCGCCGUAUCCGGUGAACAUCGAGCCGUACGCGACGAUCAACUCUCCCAAGAGACCGGGCGGUGCGGAUCGGGAACCGCCACCGCCCCCGCCGCCGUAUAACGCGGCACGCAACGACUUCGUGGUGCCGUUACCGCCCAGACGAGCCGAUCCGCCGCCUCCACCACCGCCGUACACCUCGCCGCGAGAGAGGAUCCAGAUGCCGCCGCCCACGCCGCCGCGGAACGACGCGGUGACGCCGCGGGAGCCGCCGCCACCUCCGCCGCCUUAUCCCGACGUCGUGACGAGGAUCGCCAAGAUCAUGGACGUCGCUGCGCCGAAACCACCGCCCAGGAUACAACCUCCCACUUACCCCGGCGAUAAGAUGAAGCCCACGCCGGUACACGCUCCGGUGGCCGCUCUCGUGGUAGGGCCGAACAAUUAUCUGGACGUGCAUGCCUCCCGUGGCGGCGGCCCGGUGCUUCUGCCGUAUUUGACCUCGGCGCCGCCGCCACCGCCGCCGCCACCGCCGCCGCCGCCGCCGCCUCCACCCCCGAUGGUGCAUUCGAGGCAACCGCCGCCGCCGCCGCCGUCGUCUCAGCAACAACAAUCGCAACCGGCGACUCCGGUGUCGACGCUGUCGUCCGCUUCCAGCCUGGCGACCGUGUACACCAGCCAGGUCGCCAGAUCGCAGAUAGAACAGUACAAACAACAACUGUACUCGGACGUCGAUUACGUCAUGUUCCCGUUAAAGGAUCCGGCCGUGUCGAAGCAGGAGUACAUCGACGCCAAGCAGGGCUCCCUCCUGGCGGCGAUGGCGGCCUACCCCCCGCCGCCGCCGUAUCCGUCCUUCAGCAAGUCCUCGGUGAUGUAUCGCAGCACGCCUUACUUACCCGGCGCAUCUUUCUCCUCGCCCAAGUACGCGUCCAACCAGAAUCUGAGCAGCAGCGACGCCAGCUCUGCCGGCAAUUACCUGCUGCACAGCAAUCUGAGCAGUCACUACGCCGCCAGCACGAGCUCGCUGUACAGCGGCUCGUCCAUCGGCAGCUAUAGUCUCAGACGGGAGCCACCCGCGCCGGCUCAUCCGCACACCUUGCACGCGUUCUCGCGCACCAGGAGCGAUGAGAACAUCCUCAAGUGUUUGGACACCAAGAUGCAUCCCCUGCCUAAACCCCAUCGUAGACUACCGCCGCCGCCGCCGCCGCCGCCUUACGAGAUACAGAAUCUCGAGAAGAAUCAACCUUUACCGUCGGCUUCCUCGGUGGGAGUGCCGAUGAGCAAGCAAAUUAACAGUAACGGUGCGGAAGAAAGCGACGAAGACAUGACGGACGACGACGACGACGACGACGACGACGACGACGGUAUGCUCGAUAUCCGAACGCUUCGCGAGAAGAGCCGGAACCUGGACCUACCAUUAAUUUCCGCGCUGUGCAACGACCGAUACCUGUUGAAGCAGACCAAGGCUUUCGUCUUGCCGAAGCACCCCAUCGAGUCAUCCACCUCUGCCGUGAAGAACGGCGCGCGAAACGGCAACACGACGCCCUUCACCAGGAAUAAGUAUCCGGUAAGCGGACUGUCAACGACGCAGAUCCAGAAACCACCCCGGAAAUCCUCGGCGAGCACCCACAAGCACCCGUCCGAGGUGAAGGGCAACGCCUACAAGGUCACCGCCUCCUCCACGGCGGUAUCGACGGCUAAGAAGGACUUCGCGAAAGCGUCUCAUUCCUAACACUCGCUCUCUCGUUUUCUCUCAUUCUCUCGUUUAUCCCGAAAUUUCUAGCUCCGAGUACAUUCCAUAAUCCCGACGUUAUCGUUGCGCGCGCGUCACCGUUUCGUCGUUCGACGUAACUAGAGACGAUGUUACAGCGAGGAAACGAUGUGUCCCGACAGCAACUUACUCAAAUAUCGUUUCCGCAGACCGUGCUUCUUCAACUCAGGGUGCCAUCUUACUCGUUCUCUUCCCCCCGGAUACUUCAACCGUGCAGCAGACUCCAUUAAUAAUAUUCCAUUCCCUAGACAUAGUGAUAUUGUAGUUUUCGAAUUGGGCGUGUUAUUUUUGAAUAUUUAUGUAUCAUGACUGUUGCUUUGAAGAAUCAUUGUCGGAUCAUCAAAUUAUCAACAGUCAUGAUGCACAAAUAAUAAUUGGAAAUUCUCGGUGUUACUAGGACGGCAUUAAUGGGGUCUGCUAUAUAACUAGAAUCGUUCGUUCCAAGCGACGGAAAUAUCCGCGUGAAUCGUUCGUCGACGGUGACGAUGGAAACGAUCUUCCGUGCUUCAUAUUCUCGUAAUAUUCAUCCAGUUUUUUUUUCCCCUCAAAUCGUCAUUUUUCAUAUAAAAUAUUUAAGUACUUGAGCUUUGAUAUUUGCGUACUCAAAGUGUCUACUGCCUAUUGCUCAAUUGUACGGCUGGAUGCGAUGGAAAUUCGAUUUGCAAGCCCCCAUCAAGGCGGCGCUAGUCCCGCUCGUUGUUAGGAUAAACUAUACCAGUUUAUUGGCCAUUGUAAUGAUCGUUACAUCGCGCGAUUACCGAAUAAUAAUUCGCAAAUUUACGAGUUUUUAAAGUUUAUGACGAAAUCACGCGCUCUCACGUAUUUCCGGGGGAAAACAUUUCUCAUA